AAAAAAUUCAAGAGUAAACUAUGCCAAAGAGGAAGGUUCGAGAGGCCCCGCCUGCACCACGUGCAAAGCCGCGCGACCGGAAGCGAGUCGCAACAGACAGCUCUGGCUCUGAUGGUCCCCAGCAUAGUGUGAAUCUGGUCGAUCUAUCUGGUCCCCAGAAUAGUGCGAAUCUGGUUGAUUUCUCCACCUCGCCUAACCUAAAUAGGGAAACCAUGUCAACCCAAAAGCAACCACCAGCGCUGAACAGGGAGCAGUUGGACGAGGUGACACAGGCAGUGAUUGCCGCCAUGUCUAGUAGGACAGAGACCUCUCAUCAUCAGAAUGAGAUGAACCAGGAUGCAUCUGCAGAGUAUCCAGGCCAAACAGCGUUUCAACAUCCUGGCGCCCUCAGUUACCUAGAACGCAGUCAACCACGUCCACCUAUGCUAGACCUGCUCUACCUCAGGGUCCCAGAGCCCCCCAAGCAAUCCACCAAUAUAGACUUCAGCAGCAUUGCUCACUCUCCGCGGGAAGCUAUGCAGGCCGUCAACAAGGAACUAAUUUUGGGGAGGGUUGCGGUACCCUUUGUGUUUUCACCACUUCCUAAUCUAAGGUUGUCACCGGUGGGCAUGGUACCUAAAAAAAAGAUGGCUCAUUUCGACUCAUUCACCACCUAUCAUACCCAUCUGGAUCUAGUGUUAAUCUAG